AUGAGCGAACAUCUCAUCAACGAAACAAACGAAAAGGGUGCCCGGGCCGAAGCUAGCGUACAGCUAACCGGCAAACGGGUCAGGUUUUCUGCUUCAAGGAUGGACAGCGAGGUACUGGACGAGAAGUCACCGCUUCUGAGCGUACAAGAACUCCCAAAGGACAAGGAGCGCGACGAAAGUGAAAAAAUAGAUGAAUGGUCUUUGAAGAAAACCAAAACAAGCCCAAGACAAUCUGGUGGCCCUGCACGACAACCGUUUACACAUAACUCUAUGACAAAUUUGUAUGGAAAUCCAGAGGACAUACACAAAUCCGCAACUUACCAUCGGUACAAGUAUAUCUCCAAGCUGUCAGGUCACUCAACAGAUAUGAUCAUCCCUGAUCACAUGCUACCAGUGGAACUGUUCCUGGUCAUUCCUGGUAAACCCGAGGCAAAGCAGAGUAGUCUGGUCACUAUAUUUGCGAUCUGGAACACAAUGAUGGGGACAUCUUUAUUAAGUAUGCCAUGGGCACUCAGUCAAGCUGGGUUUGGCUGUGGUAUUGGUCUGAUGGUGGGGAUAGCAGGCUUGUGUUUGUACACAUGUUACCUUGUUCUCAAAUCGUCAUACCCUUUUGCCAAGAAGGGUGAAUCUGUAGAGUUUGCAGACAUUUGCAGAAAGUACUUUGGUAGAACAGGGGAGCUUGUUGCGACCAUCUUCUCAAUUGCUGCCAUUGCUGGCGCUGCUGUGGUCUUCUGGGUACUCAUGUCAAACUUUCUUUUCAACUCUGGAAAAUUUAUUCAUGAGUCUAUUUAUGAUGCAUUCCCAAAGAAUAUGUCAAAACUUGAAGUGAUUUGCCCUGUACCCAGUGCGAAUAACACAUCUCCCAACACGAUGCCUAACUCCGACACCACAGGAUUCUACAGAUAUUGGCAGGGGCAGAAAACCAUCCCUUUCUUCUUGAUUGCACUGAUGUUCCCACUGUGCAGUGUCAAGUCACCAACAUUCUUCACUAAAUUUAAUUCUUUAGGAACAUUGGCAGUUAUUUAUAUCAUCAUCUUUGUGUCAAUUAAGGCUUCUAUUUGGGGCAUAAACAUGGAUUUUGCAAAAAUACCAGAGUUCCAACUAACGUUUCCAGCACUUACAGGAACACUGACGCUAGCAUUCUUUAUCCACAACUGCAUUCUUUCAAUUCUAAGCCACCAGAAAACCCCAGAAUAUAAUGCGCGAGACUUGAGUAUCGCAUACGGCUUGGUAGCGUUCACAUACACAUUCGUUGGAGCCUUGUUUUAUGCAGCCUUUCCUUUGGAAAAGUCUUGCAUACACCAGGUCUUCCUGGAUAACAUGCCAGCAAAUGAUAUAAUGACUUUUGGGGCACGCAUUGGGCUGUUCUUCCAGCUGGUGACGGUGUUUCCACUUGUGAUUUACAUUGUUCGAGUCCAGUUCAUGCUCUUCUUUUUUGGCUCUCCCUACCCAAGCACGUGGCAGGUGUUUCUGCUGAAUGCGGUUCUUAUUGGCGCAUGUGUCUUGUUCGCAAGGUUCUACCCGCACGUGGGCAAUAUCAUCAGGUACUCGGGCUCCAUCAGUGGUUUGGUGUAUAUCUUCACGUUGCCGUGCCUUGUUCACAUGUAUGCCCUACACAAAAAGAACCAGCUAUCCUGGCCUUCAGCAAUCUUUCACUCCACUAUUGUACUUCUAGGAGUCCUGAACCUUGUCUCGCAAUUCCUUAUAUCUGUGUAAUGCAUCAAAAACAGAAUCUACGAAAGUUCUAACUGUUUUUUGUGACCAAGGGAAUUUAUUUUCUGUGUUUAUGUCACAGUGGUACAGUAUAGCAGGACUUUGCCUUGUAAGCUGUCUAUGUAAAAAGUUAAAAUUAAUAGUGGUCGAUAAUUUAUUUUUAAAAAUUGCACAGAGAAGAUAUAAUUUAAGAGCGUAUUGAAUUUUAUAAAGAAUAUACACAAAAACAUA